GAAAGAGAGAGAAAAUCCCAAGCCCCACAUGGGGCUUGAUCCCACAAACCAUGAGAUCGUGACCCGAGCCAAAAUCAAGAGUCUGGAUGCUUAACUCACUGAGCCAUCCAGGUGCCCCCAGCACUUAUCACUUUCUAAGAGAGUUAUAUAACUUAUGACAUAUUUCCUGUCUCCCCAUAAAAUAACAGCUUUCCAUAGAACAGCAUCUAUAGAGAUGACAGGGGUUUGUCUUGUUUAUUGCUGCAUCCCAAGUAUCUACAACUGGGCAUGGUACAUAAUAGGUGCUCAGUAAAUAUUCUACGCAUACAUAUGAGAAGGCUUCUACUAUUUUUCGCUGUCACAUCAUACUGCUCUGCUCUUUAGUUGUCAGGACACAAAGAAUCUCUCUUCAGGUUGAAACUUGACUCUGGAAAACUCUGAAUGUGAAAUACUAACAAACAGAGCAUCCAGGGAGGAGCCUUUUUCUGGCACCAAAAGUCAGUACACUCUGGCAGUCACACAUCUUUCUCCUCUGGACAGGGGAGGCUGCAGAUGGUUGUGGGGUGCAGUGGCACUGAUAAGAGAAGAAACUAAGUCAACCAGCCUCACGGGGCAGAGAUCGCUGUAAACUCUGGGGAAGGAAAGAGAAUAAGGAGUCCUUCAGUUCAGAUUACCCCAUUCCCUCUAUCCCCUUUCUACACUCCGAAGCGGCAGCAACCAGGAGAGGACAGGAAAGAACACCAGCAGGGAUUUGGCCUCAGGCACCAUUUCCCCAGAGGUAAACGGAAUCGCAGGACUCUGCCUUCUCAAUCAAGGACUGCAAUCGUCGGUACGAAUGGAGAAGUGGGUACCAGUCAGACAAUCCUGAGAAUUCGAAACGGUAAAUCCUGGAGACACGAAAGCGAGGAAAGGUGUUUUGAGACUCCCUGAAAUUGGAGGAGGGCAGGCAGACGUGCACUCAGACUUUCUGGGGCUGCUCCCUGCCUUCUCCCUCCCUCACCCCUUUCCAAUGCGUGGGGACGCGCGGACCUUCGCCUUCCAAGCCGGCAGGACCAAGGCCGGCCGGGAGCCAGGGGCUCGUCAGCAUCGGGGGCAGGAGAUCCAAGGCGGCUCUUACUCACCUGCGGCUCCAUGUCUAGCACCGUGCCGCACGCGCCAGGGGACCACAAUAGAAGAGGACAGGGCGCCGGAACUCCUGGGACCCACGUUCUCUCGCCAGCUCGCGACACAAGGGACGCGCGCCCCGAACUCCAGCGAUUACCAGCCUAGCGCCACACCCGCCACUUUUGAAUUCCAACCGCCGCUACCCUUCUCACCUCCCUCCGCACUCAGGGGCCAAUCGUCGCCGUCGCCACAGCCGAGGGCCAAUCGCAGCGCCCUCCGCCUCCCGAGGCCACACCCCGCCAAGCCGGCACCUUGUCCUUCCUGCUUCGCCGGCCUGGGGAGGCCGCCUGGACCUCUCCAUCUGACCGCCACCGCGCCGCCACCACGGAGGCCAGCCCCGCUCAGCCUAUCGAGCUGGCCAGGCUCGGCAACGUGCUGGGUGGGACCAGCUCGCGGGGACAGUGCACGCAGGUGCGCGUGGAGGUCACGGAUCGCAGGAGCAGUUCCACCCUCCACAAGGUACUUCUUGAGAGAAUGUACCAGCACCACAUGAGGAGGAUUCUGUAAAGAUGAGUAUUUUCCUUCUUGCAGGAGUUUAUUUUUAAAAUGUUUUUCUUUCUUGCAGGAGUUUAUUUUUAAAAUGUAACCUGGCUUUAUGGUGGUAGAACAGUCUCAGAACUGUUUGUAUCAAUUUGCCAUUUAAGUUUAAAGUAAAAGACUGGUUAAUGAUAACAGUGAAUCAUAAAACCUUCAGAAGGAAAGGAGGUUUUGUGGACCAUUUGUGUGUGUGUGUGUGUGUGUGUGUGUGUGUGUGUGUGUGGCAGUUUUAAGUUACUCGUUUUUAAAGUCAGUACUUUUUAAUGGAAACAACUUGACCAAAAAUCUGUCACAGAAUUUUGAGACCCAUUAAAACAAAAGUUUAAUGAG